AUGGACAGCAGCAGCAGCAACUGCUCCUGCUCGAUCCGUCUCCUGCAGAUCAUGACCGAGUGCCGGAACCUGCAACCGGUCGUGGAGCUCGCCACCAUCCUGGACCUGGUCCAUCGGGUCGUCAUCCACGGGAAAGCGAUGGUCAAGUGCAAGGGCUGCCGCAGCAACCCGCACUCGUCCUUUGCGAUGCUGCCCGCGCUGGCCAAGCAGUGUCUGACCCUCCUCGAGGCCGGCAGUCUGGCCUACAGCAUCACGAGUACCAACGGCAGCACGCUCCUCGACCUCACGGUGCUGGCGUUCGAGCAGCCGCUGUCACAGUACAUCUGUCUGCGCAGCCCGUCGCAGCUGGGCCGCAUGGAGCUCGACGAGAAGGAAGCCACCCUCCUGGUCCGGACGCUGAUCGGCCGCAACGCCAAGCAGUUCCUGGGUCUGCUGGAGAGUCUGCAGAAGUUGCUCCAGUCCCUGGGGAAGGACAUUGAGCCGGCCUUGCCGCCACAGGGUCAUGCCGUGCUGCACCCUUGCGAGUCGGUGGUCGGAACCACGCUGCGGCGGUUCGUGGUCUUCCUAGAACAGAUCAAGUUCGAGGCGGUGUGCAUUAUGUUGGUAGCAUGCACGUAUUACCUUGAUAAUGGUAUCUUCCACUUCCUCAAUGCACUGCAUGAGGUCAAAUGGCAAACGGCACGAUGGCUCUUUCACUGA